AUGGCUGCCAUGAGGGAUGAGUUCACCAAACUGGAGGGGGAGGUGGUGGUCCCGCUGAGGGAGAGCGUGAGCAAACAGCCAGCAGACAUCCACACCUUAGAGGAGCUCCUAACCAAGCAGAGGAACCUCCUCAACCAGCCAGACCUCCUCAGCCCUGUCCUCAACCAGCCAGACCUCCCCAGACCUGUCCUCAACCAGCCAGACCUUCCCAGACCUGUCCUCAACCAGCCAGACCUCCCCAGACCUGUCCUCAACCAGCCAGACCUCCCCAGACCUGUCCUCAACCAGCCAGACCUCCCCAGACCUGUCCUCAACCAGCCAGACCUCCCCAGACCUGUCCUCAACCAGCCAGACCUCCCCAGACCUGUCCUCAACCAGCCAGACCUCCCCAGACCUGUCCUCAACCAGCCAGACCUCCCCAGACCUGUCCUCAACCAGCCAGACCUCCCCAGACCUGUCCUCAACCAGCCAGACCUCCCCAGACCUGUCCUCAACCAGCCAGACCUCCCCAGACCUGUCCUCAACCAGCCAGACCUCCCCAGACCUGUCCUCAACCAGCCAGACCUCCCCAGACCUGUCCUCAACCAGCCAGACCUCCCCAGACCUGUCCUCAACCAGCCAGACCUCCCCAGACCUGUCCUCAACCAGCUAGACCUCCACAGACCUGUCCUCAACCAGCUAGACCUCCCCAGACCUGUCCUCAACCAGCCAGACCUCCCAGACCUGUCCUCAACCAGCCAGACCUCCCCAGACCUGUCCUCAACCAGCCAGACCUCCCCAGACCUGUCCUCAACCAGCCAGACCUCCCCAGACCUCCAGACCUCCCCAGACCUGUCCUCAACCAGCCAGACCUCCCCAGACCUGUCCUCAACCAGCCAGACCUCCCCAGACCUGUCCUCAACCAGCCAGACUUGUCCUCAACCAGCUAGACCUCCCCAGACCUGUCCUCAACCAGCUAGACCUCCCCAGACCUGUCCUCAACCAGCCAGACCUCCCCAGACCUGUCCUCAACCAGCCAGACCUCCCCAGACCUGUCCUCAACCAGCCAGACCUCCCCAGACCUGUCCUCAACCAGCCAGACCUCCCCAGACCUGUCCUCAACCAGCCAGACCUGUCCUCAACCAGCUAGACCUCCCCAGACCUGUCCUCAACCAGCUAGACCUCCCCAGACCUGUCCUCAACCAGCCAGACCUCCCCAGACCUGUCCUCAACCAGCCAGACCUCCCCAGACCUGUCCUCAACCAGCUAGACCUCCCCAGACCUGUCCUCAACCAGCUAGACCUCCCCAGACCUGUCCUCAACCAGCCAGACCUCCCCAGACCUGUCCUCAACCAGCCAGACCUCCCCAGACCUGUCCUCAACCAGCUAGACCUCCCCAGACCUGUCCUCAACCAGCCAGACCUCCCCAGACCUGUCCUCAACCAGCUAGACCUCCCCAGACCUUCGAUCUGGGCCCAGGGCCCCCCAGGGUCCCCCAGUGCCCCCCAGUGCCCCCCAGCGCCCCCCAGUGCCCCCCAGGGCCCCCCAGGGCCCCCAGUGCCCCCCAGGGCCCCCCAGGGCCCCCCAGUGCCCCCCAGGGGCCCCCAGUGCUCUACAUCACGGGAGUUAAAACAUGUGUUCUCCCCCAAACACCCCUCAGCAAAGAGGAACCCACCUCAACUGGAGUCAGAGUGUGCUGGGUUCUCCCCAAACACCCCUCAGCAAAGAGGAACCCACCUCAACGGGAGUCAGAGUGUGCUGUGUUCUGUUCAGUUUAUCUGA